AUGAUUGUACUUUAUGGAACUACCUGGCAAGGGGUCGUCAUGCUGCGGCCUGUUAUUUAUCACCAAAUCCCGUCGUCCAGAUUGAUACCGAGUCUGAGAGCUGUUUUGUUGCAUCGAAGACAUCUCAUCUCUCAUCCCUUCGGUUCAUCAAAGCAGCUAUUAUCCACAACGACCACCCCAUGCGUCACCUCCGCAGGAUCAAAUCAAAACCUGUUUACCUAUACGGCUGGGCGCUACAUAUUCAACGAGAAACGUCGCCUUGAAAAGCGAUAUGAUGAGUUUGAUGUCGAAGCGUUAAAAACGGUGGCCGCAAGCAGCGUCGGACCUUCCGCUGAUUAUACGUUCUGGCGGGUAAAGCGCGCCUCCCUUGAUUUGGAUCGCAGGCCUUGGAGAGACCAUCGGGAUUAUGUUCGAAGCGUGGGCUGUCGGGAGUUCGAAUGGACCCGUCGGUACGGCAAGCCGCAGCAAAAUGAUUUCCCUCAUAACAAUAUCGUCAAGGGAGACAUUUCCCCGGGGAUCUACCUCGAUCUUCUACAGAAGUUUCUCUCACUCGCACCGUAUAUUCUUCCUGAAGAUCGCGAAAGCCCAAUGAAUAUGCCUACCAUGCGACAUCCAGAUCUAAACCCAUCCAACGUGUUUGUGUUGGACUCAUGUGAGAUCUCAUGCAUUGUCGACUGGCAACAUAGCUCUAUUCUCCCGUUGAUACUCACGGCGGGCAAUCCGCCACUCUUUAAGAAUCCAGACUCCGAGCCACCCGCCAGUUUGGAAAAGCCGUCCCUGUCCGACGAUUAUAAUUCCCUGGGCCCAGAAGAACGAUCCAAGACGGAGGAGCUCCAUCGCCGGAGAAUGCUGUUCUAUCUGUACAUGGUUUUCAACGGCCGGGAUAACAAAGCCCAUCUUGAGGCACUUCGGUACCCCCUUUUGCCAUUUCGACAACAUCUAGUGGACCGAGCCGGCCGCCAAUGGAGUGGCAAUGUAAUUACGCUGAAAAGAGCCCUCAUUAGACUUACUGAGCGCUGGGAGCAGUUAGGGAACAACCUGAAGAAAAAACCGUGCCCAGUCAAUUUCAACGAAGAAGAAAGUGAGGAAUUCUAUCGUGUUGAAAAGGACUGGUUUAAGGCGACGAUAUUACUCGAACAUUGGCGGUCUCUUCUGGACGACCUAGGAGAAGAUGGACGGGUCAGGAAUGAAGCAUACGAAGCAGUCAUGGAGACAACAAGGCGCUUAAGGCGGAGUGGGUAG